CUGAUGGGGACAUUUUGAAAUAAGUAGCUAGCUGGUAUUCGUGAGUGAGUGGACCAAGGUUCACUUCACUUUAUUAGUUGUAUAUCUCGCAUGCGUGAUACGUUCAAAUUAAUGAAGAUGACACAGAAGUCGGACACUGAAGAAACAAGCGUAUAACGUAACACACAAGUAAGUUGCUAGUUUAGCUAGCAUAUUAACCUGCAUAGCUAGCUACGCCGUCAGUGCGAACUGGCUGGCUAGCUACUGGGCUGCGUUAAAAUGGAAUCGUCGUUAGCAUACGUCGCUUCCAUUUUAGGUAGCUUACUAGCUGCCCAUCGAGUUCGUGCUAGCGGUAUCACAAAUGCAUGCAUGCAUGGAUGGUGGACUAUGUUUAGAAAUCCCCCUAGCAACUCCAUUCGUCAAACUCGAUUUUUGGGAAACUUGCUUAGCAAACUAGCUAACGUCGUAAGUCAUAGCUAGCUCGAUAGCAAACGAAACCCUCAACCACAGUUUGCCUCAAUCUUUUCCCUGUUAGCUAGUUACCUAGCCAGACAGCGAAGCUACCAUCAAGCUAGAUAACUAGCAAAGGAAGAAGGAAGCCAGCUUCCUGGCGUUACUGGUUUGCUGUAUGUUUAGCGCAGUUAACGUAAGUUAGCAAUAUUUUUGAUUGCUAGCCAGCCAGUUGAUAGUGACGUGUAGUUGCUUUUUAGCUAAGUUUUCGAGCUAGCUAGCCAGGUAGUUACAUAGGUCAACAUUUCGUUUUUCGUAAUGUUAAAUCGGCCAGUGAUGUUAUUCAUAUGUGAUAGAUGAGGCUCUGUCUAUCUGAGCUUGCUCUUGUCCUGGGCUACUGUAAGGUGUGGCGCAAAGAUCCCCGGACUUGAGUUUCGUAGUUGCCCACACAGAGUGGUGUCAUGACGCCAUUAUUUGAAGCCACAAACCUACUGUUAUAAUGCCGCGUUCAAAACAACUGGGUAACUCAAAUUCUGACUUCAGUGCAUUCAAGACAACUGGAACUCGGAAAAACACGAGCUCCGAUUGGGAAAAACGUUUUGAAUGGUCAUCCAACUCGGAAUUCCAAGGCGGAAACUUUCUAGAGCUCCGACCUGAAUAUCUCUGACGUCAUGAUUUUUUACUUAGUUUUUUCCCCCAGGUUCCCAGUUGUCUUGAAAGCACCAUAAAACUACUGGGCAAUAUAUUAAAUGUCGGUGCAAGGUUAGUCUACCAGCUGUGCCACAUCAAUCUUAUGUUUAGGUGUAUUUCGGUGGAAUGCUGUGAAUUUGAGCAAUGAAGAGUUCAUGAUACAGUUUGCAAGAAGAAGCUCACCAUUUGUAGGCGUUUCCUUCCUACAUGUAUGUUGCCAUUCCACACAAUGGUAAAAGUUUGGAUCCAGCAGAUAUUUGUAAGCUGAAGGCAUGAGGGGGUUCAAAGUUAAACCAGUAGAACAGGUGUUGCCAGCAUCUAGCGGAUAACCUUUCUUAUGUGAGAAUGCUACCAAAUACCCAUAUUUUACACUUUUGGUUCAUUAUUGGUUUUAGGGUGGCAGGUAACCUAGCGGUUAAGAGCAUUAGGCCAGUAACCGAAAGGUUGUUGGUUCAAAUCCCAGAGCCGACUAGGUGAAAAAUAUGUCUGCCCUUGAGCAAACAUAACCCUAAUUGCUCAUUUAAGUCGCUCUGGAAAAGAACGUCUCCUAAAUGACUAAAAUGUAAACAUACCCCACUACAGCUGUAAAUGCAGCCAGAUUAAUUGGUGCUAAAUUGCCUAUUGGUACUGUUGUAGGCUGCUGGUACUUCAUUGAAAUGUUUUUUAUUAAGCUACCAGUGGUUCCCGUCUCCGGUCCUCGUGUACCCCCAAAGGUACACAUUUUUAUCAUAACCCCCGACAAACAUACCUGAUUCAACUUGUCAACUAAUCAUCAGGCCCUCAAUAAGUUGAAUCAGGUAUGUUCAUUUAGGGCUACAAGACAAAUGUGUGCUGUUGGGGGUACUUGAGGACCAGAGUUGGGAAACACUGAGCUACACCUUUCAUAAGUCGGUCUGUUGUACUGCGUCAUUUUAAAGAUCCUGCAAGAGGAUGAUUAAUUUUUAAUGUGUUCAGACUUAAAGAUAUAUCAAUAUUAGAAUGGGUGCAAGCGUAGGUCUUUUUGAACCAAAGUUAAAUCUGUGCGAUAUCAUAUAUUGUUGUUCCAGGUGAGUUCCUGUCCUGGCCCACCCUUCUAAAACUGUCAGACCACGGGGCCCUACGCUCAACUAGCGUGAAGAUGGCAGACACCGAGGAGUUUGUGGAUGCUGAUAUCUUCCCAGAGUGCCCUGUGCAGGGGGGGUCAGCUGCUGCUGUCAGGGGGGAGCAGGAGGAGCCCCUUAAAACAGAGACCACCAGCUCUCCGCCAGGAGAAAAGGAGGGGGACAGCCCCCUGCAGACAGAGGGUGAGCCCAGCCUUCUCUCCAUGCCCUGCCUCAUGAAAGAGCUGAGGAGAAACUCCCAUGAGUCCCAGCAUGCCUCCACCGGCAGCGACAAGCCCACCUCGGGCCGUGCCUACGAGAGCGACUCCUCCAACCCCUGCAUGCUCUCGCCCUCCUCCAGCGGCCACCUGGCCGACUCAGACACACUCUCCUCUGGUGAGGAGAGAUCCGCCUCACGUGCGACAGUGGAUGGGGGCUCCAUGGAGCCCGGGGCCGACACCAGACUUGCAGCAGGGGGUCAAAUAUCUGCAUCAAGUGGGCGAAAGUCCCGGCGUUCACGUUCUGAAAGCGAGAUGUCCACCAACACAAUGGCAGCCAAGAAAAACCGCUGCCAGCCCGCUGUGGUGGGAGGAGCAGGCAGCGAGAAGCAGACCAAUGGCCGGCUGGCUAAAGUCAAAGGUCACCGGAGCCAAAAGCACAAGGAGCGGAUUCGUCUGUUGAGGCAGAAGCGUGAGGCGGCAGCGAGGAAGAAAUACAACCUGCUGCAGGACAGUAGUACGAGCGACAGUGACCUCACCUGUGACUCCAGCACCAGCUCCUCUGAAGACGACGACGAGACAUCAGGCGGCAAGACAAUCACCACAGACAUCCCAGGUAACAAUCACCACAGACAUCCCAGGUAACAAUCGCCACAGACGUCCCAGGUAACAAUCGCCACAGACGUCCCAGGUAACAAUCGCCACAGACGUCCCAGGUAACAAUCGCCACAGACGUCCCAGGUAACAAUCGCCCCAGACGUCCCAGGUAACAAUCGCCCCAGACGUCCCAGGUAACAAUCGCCCCAGACGUCCCAGGUAACAAUCGCCCCAGACGUCCCAGGUAACAAUCACCCCAGACGUCCCAGGUAACAAUCACCCCAGACGUCCCAGGUAACAAUCACCCCAGACGUCCCAGGUAACAAUCACCCCAGACGUCCCAGGUAACAAUCACCCCAGACGUCCCAGGUAACAAUCACCCCAGACGUCCCAGGUAACAAUCACCCCAGACGUCCCAGGUAACAAUCACCCCAACGAGACGUCCCAGGUAACAAUCACCCCAGACGUCCCAGGUAACAAUCACCCCAGACGUCCCAGGUAACAAUCACCCCAGACGUCCCAGGUAACAAUCACCCCAGACGUCCCAGGUAACAAUCACCCCAGACGUCCCAGGUAACAAUCACCCCAGACGUCCCAGGUAACAAUCACCCCAGACGUCCCAGGUAACAAUCACCCCAGACGUCCCAGGUAACAAUCACCCCAGACGUCCCAGGUAACAAUCACCCCAGACGUCCCAGGUAACAAUCACCCCAGACGUCCCAGGUAACAAUCACCCCAGACGUCCCAGGUAACAAUCACCCCAGACGUCCCAGGUAACAAUCACCCCAGACGUCCCAGGUAACAAUCACCCCAGACGUCCCAGGUAACAAUCCAGGGCUCUACGCUGACCUUGUUAACAAGAAGCUCUUGUGCGCCUAAGUUGAAAAAUAUUUGAAGUAUUAACGCUAGAAUCCUUAAUUUUUUCUAAAUUAAAAUUCCAGGUCGCACAGCAAAAUAUUUACCUGCAUAUGCGAGGUAAAAGGUUGCACUGUAGAGCCCUGUAAUCACCACAGACAUCCCAGUUAACAAUAAACACCAGACACAUUUAACCUAACCCAACCCACACAGGGUAAUAUUCACAAAACAUGCAGUGCAUUCGGGAAGUAUUCAGACCCCUUCCCUUUUUCCACAUUUAGUUACGUUACAGCCUUAUUCUAAAAUUGAUUAAAAAAAUAAAAAUAAUAAUAAUCUACACACAAUACCCCAUAAUGACAAAGGGAAAACAGUUUUUUUUUUUAUGUUUGCAAAUGUAUAAAAACAACACUUAUUUGCAUAAGUAUUCAGACCCUUUGCUAUGAGACUCAAAAUAAACACAGGUGCAUCUUGUUUCCAUUGAUAAUCCUUGAUGUUUCUAGAACUUGAUUGGAGUCCACCUGUGGUGAAUUUCAAUUGAUUGGACAUGAUUUGGAAAGGCACACACCUGUCUAUAUAAGGUCCCACAGUUGACAGUGUAUGUCAGAGCAAAAACCAAGCCAUGCGGUCGAAGGAACUGUUUGUUGAGCUCCGAGACAGGAUUGUGUCAAGGCACAGAUCUGGGGAAGUGUACCAAAAAAUGUCUGCAGCAUUGAAGGUCCCCAAGAACACAGUGGCCACCAUCAUUCUUAAAUAGAAGAAGUUUGGAAUCACCAAGACUUUUCCAAGAUCUGGCCGCCUGGCCAAACUGAGCAAUCAGGGAGGUGGCGAAGAACCCAACGGUCACUCUGACAGAGCUCAAGAGUUCCUCUGUGGAGAUGGGAGAACCUUCCAGAAGGACAACCAUCUCUGCAGGUCUCCACCAAUCAGGCCUUUAUAGUAGAGUGGCCAGACGGAAGCCACUCCUUAGUAAAAGGCACAUGACAGCCCGCUUGGUGUUUGCCAAAAGGCACCUUAAGACUCUCAGACAAUGAGUGUCUUCGGGACAAGUCUCAAUGUCCUUGAGUGGCCCGGACUUGAACCUGAUCGAACAUCUCUGGAGAGAUCUGAAAAUAGCUGUGCUGCGAUGCUCCCCAUCCAACCUGACAGCGCUUGAGAGGAUCUGCAGAGAAGAAUGGGAGAAACUCCCCAAGUACAGUUGUGCCAAGCUUGUAGCGUCAUACCCAAGAAGACUCGAGGCUGUAAUCGCUUCCAAAGGUGCUUCAACAAAGUACUGAGUAUAGGGUCUGAAUACUUAUGUAAAUGUGAUAUUUCAGUUUUUUAUUAAUACAUUUGCAAACAUUUCUUAACCUGUUUUUGCUUUGUCAUUAUGGGAUAUUGUGUGUAGAUUGAUGGAAAAUAACAAUUUAAUCAAUUUCAUAAUAAGGCUGUAACACAAAGUAGAAAAGGGGGUCUGAAUACUUUCCGAAUGCACUGUAUAUCCCAUGUUUAAUGUGUUUGGGUCUUUCUAUAAAUAAUGGGGCCAAUGUGUGACAUUGGGAUAAACUUUUCAAAAUGUGUUGAAACAAAAAUAAAAAUGAGUUUUAUGCAGUUCCACGUGUACUUGGAGGUAUAUGCAAAUUGCCCUGUAACUCCACCUCUACUACUACAACAACAGGCCUAGGGACUAUACAUCCUUUAAGCAGGGUUCAUACAGACAUUGGCAAGUCAUAUUGAGGGACUUUUUCAAGCCCUUUAUUGUAGUUGUCAAGGAUCUCAAUGUUAUACAAUUGUAUAAUUUAUAUAAUUGCACAUAUAGGGCCUAAUAUAGAAACCCCCCCCCCCCCCCCCCCCCCACAAAGAAAGCAUGCAAGAACUGUCAAAAGUAGGCCGUUACCACUUUAAGAAUAAUGCAUUUUUUAGGCCUUGCCAAUGCAUUGAUAUUAAAAUGAUUAUUACAUUCUAAAAUGUGAGAAUACUGUGGACUUGCCUGACUAAAUGAAAUGGAUGCGUGCAUGGUGAUUUUUCUUUAGCCUAUGUGGCGAAACAGGCACACAUAAUGAAGCCAUGAAUAGUGGCUGUUUUUAUAAUGAGAACGCAGCCAAAAGCCUGGUUCCUUUUGUAAUGGAAGGAUUUGUAUGGAAAGCCAAGUUGAUGCCAGCAUUAGAUCUUGUCGUCCUCAUAAUCACUGCAUGUGGUUUUACAGCAACAGAGUUGCGCCACACCCUUCAAUUGAAGCGGUGGGAAAGAAAGGAAAUCACCGAUAAUUAGAAGGGUGCAGGAGAACUUAUAAAUUGGCUACAAUAAUUCAAGACUUUUCAAGCACCAAAUUCUAGGAAAUGUCAGAUUUUCAAGGUAGGCCUAUUCCAGUACUUGAAUUUCUGAACUUCGAGUUUAAGUAGGCUGUUUCAAGCCCAUCGUAUUGUUUAAAAUUGCAGGUGUAACAUGGAAACCAACAUGUAUUUGUCAUGUUAUUUCAUUAUCAGAUAAUAUUGUGAAGAUGCCUAUUAGGCUAUGUAAUUUGUCAUUAUAUCCUGAAUAAUUAAUAGGAAUAGAGUUGGGUGUUGCGCAAUAGUCUAUCCUACACAAUUGCACACAGUAGGCUGUGUCCAAUCCGAGGCACAAAAACAUAUACUCAUUACCUUGACGCUUUCUGUUAAAUCUAACGAGACCCUUCUUUAAAUCAAGCAAACGACAGAUGAUCAACAUAAAUUCUCUAGGGAUAAUAGAUCCAGUGUAGAUCCAGGCACAACUGUCUUCACCAGUGUAAGGAAUGAGAGACCCUGAAUAUUUUGGCCAUUCCUCGCAAACACCUUUUUUCCAGCACUUGGGCUGUUUCAUCGCAUGCGCUAUCACAACAGCUGUUCAUCAUUUGAUUGUCAUUCAGAAAAUUCCUUCCUGGAUCAGAUGUGUGAAAAUAUCACAGCAUAAUUAGACAUCUGGACACCAAAUGCUCAUCCAGCAAGUGUUAUGCAUAAUUAUUGAAGAACCACAUUAAUGACUAUCGCUUUAGAUUUUCAGGAUCAAGGUAAGGUGACUCUUUCUGUUAGAAUCAUUCGAUUUUGCAAUCACAUACAAUUUUGGGGGGGUUUGUGUGCCCAGAAACUGUUUUCACCCCAUUACAUAAGGAGACCCGUUAAGUAGUUACACUGCAUUUCUGAAAUCUCUAUACAAAAAAACUCUUACAGGGUUCAAGUUCAAUGUCUAAUUGAACUGAUUAAUGCGUAAGAUAUGAUAUAAGGACAACUUACACUGCCAUAAAUGCAAGGACAGAAAAGUAAUGUUUAUUGUCACGAUUCUGGACAAAUCCGUCAAGACACUAAUCAUGAUAGAGGUUUUAAAUCAACUCGUGAAUUUGAUUGAAUAUAGCUACUGUCUUAAUACAAUGACAUGAAAAAAAAUUGGAUGAUUAUUAUCAAUUACUUAUCAACAGCGGUAACAAGUCGUCCAGCGUAGGAAAUCCUGGUACCCUAGUCUAUAGAAAGACCCAUGUACUACAGGCAUUCCAAGUAACCCACGUAGCGCACCAUAAGGUAAUGAUCCCAAUUUGCUACAGACAUCACAGGUAAUUAUGACAAAAUGACUCCAAAACAGUUGCCACAGACAUCUCACAUGAAUCAUUUCACAUACGUUCACCAGAGAUGUCGAGUAACAAUAGCAUCCCCAGCCAAUGCAAACACACUGACGCUUCUGUUUAUGAAUGUUUGCGGAUCUUAAAUGGAUUGACUGUUAAUUGUUUUAAUAACUGUUCCACUGUUCAUUUGUCUCUGUUCACCAUGCAUUUUGAAGUUUACAACCCAUCACGUCUUCACCACGUAAUCCACCCGUAGGAAGUGUUCUUUUAAAACUCUGUCAUUGUUUGCAUGUUGUGGGGAAUGUAGAUAUCAUUUACUGAGUGUUACAAUUGGGUUUUACUUGUCUAGUCUGUGCUGCCAUAAUUAGCUGUUUUUACAACAGUAUAUGACCUCCCUGUGUGGUAGUAACCUUGUGAUAAACAUACAAUAGUACUAUCUCAAAGCUGUGACGAACAUAGUAGUAAAUGUGUCAUUCACAUCGAAGACUCCACUGUCCGUUGUAAUGUGAAUGUCCUUUGUCAUAAUAGAGGCUGAAUGGAAUGAGAUGUCUCCAUCCUCAGAGCCUUCCAUUAAUUCACCAUUCCCUUGCUACCAAGCACCGGAUGUGUAGCCUGCCUCACCGUGCUGGUUGGGUUGAGAAAUUCUGUUGAAUUAUUUGAAUGUGGCCCUUUGAGAUUCCCCUGUGACUUGAUUUCCAGAUAAUUGGAGGGAUGAUUUGAUUUACAGAAAGGAUGUGUUGCUCAACUUCAAUCAGUACAAUGGAUCAAAUACAGUAAGACUAGUACUGUAGAUCAAAUGAAGAUGACCGAUAUUGCUUUAAACUCUUUACUUUUUAUAUUGAGUUAUUUCCUCUGUUUCUAAGACCUGGUAUGUCAACGAUGUUGCUAGCUGGUUUAUAAAAGUUUUGAACUUGGUAUUACUCGCUGUGGCAGCUAGUGUUUUGACAUUGCAUCUUGGCAGUGGUAUGACAACAUUUAUAUUAGUUUGAGGUAGCAUUGUUGUUGUCCUAAUUUAGACUGGGUUAAAGCACUGCCAUAACAUGGAGAUGUUGGUACAAUGCUUUGCCUGCACUCAAGCAGGGCUAUUGUAGUUUAAGAUAAUUUGUAGAGAACAUGGCAAUCCUCAGCUGUAACUGACCUUUUCCCCCUUUACACUUUCUUUGAUUACCACAUAACUGCAUAAGGCUUCUGGAUGUGCGUAGGUAGACAUGAUCUUUUAUUUGAAUCACAUUUUGAAAUUGGUUCUAGUUCAAAUAAGUCAUAUCUAGCUGGAUUAAGUACAUUUGAUGUCCAAGGAGAAAUGUCAAAACCAUGGUGCUUGUGCUGUUGUCUGUCUGGGUUAUUUUUUACGCUGUGGGUCCGUACAUAGUCAAACGUAUUUCAGGGUUGUUUAUCUUAUCACAAACUAUGCACGGUUAAUAUUCAGUAAACAUUUGCUACAACGAUUUACAGCAACUAAAUCUCUUAAAACACCAAUUUCCGUCUAUAGUGGAUCUAUAGAACUCCAUUUUAUCAACCAUUACUGCAUUUCGUACACAGACCUGACUGCUACAACUGCAUGAACGUAGUCCAUCAUCAGCAUGAAAAAGUCGAUCUGCACGUCAACAAAACUUGUCAUUUUCUAUUUUUUUUAUACUGAUAAACAGUCCACCAGCGACCAUAAAGUGCUACUGUGUUUCUUAUGGCUUGGCCUCAAUGUCUUUAAAGCUGGCUUCCGCCGUGCUGCGGAGGGUUCCGGAGUGAGCGCUCAGAUGCAGGGCCUGCUGGAUGGCGGCGGCUCGUGGGACAGGAACAGCAUCGGCAGUGUGCUGGAGGAGGCCAUGACUCGCUUCGCUGUGAUGCAGCGGCAGACAGAGGAGCGCUUCCGCGUCUGGAUGGAGAAGCUGACGCGCCUCGACUCGGACGACAGCGUCGACUCGUCCAUCCACUCGAGCGACGCCCCCGGGCGGCACCAUCGGCACCACCACAGGGCGCCGCGCCCGUCAAGCUCCUUCCUGCCCUCCUCGGAGUCGCAGGAGACAAUGGCGGCGUACACGUUGGCCCGGGGGAAUGCCAACGUCACCAUGAGCAGCAUGGCCCCCGACCCCCUCAACAACAACAUCCUGCCUGACGUAGUGCCAGUGGCUACCCAAAAUGGAAACCUGGACGUUCCAGACCCCAGCCUCUUGAACGUUUAGAUUCCCUUGUUGGACUCGUGGAGCGCUUUAGUGCUGUAUUUUCCAAAUGGAUAAAGUUCCACUACCAUCACACAUACAGUGAUGAUGGCAAAUGUGCUUAUCUGAUUUCCGCUUUUUUGAAAAAUGGAUUUUAAUCACCAACCCUCCAAUUCUACUGGAAGUCCCUAAUGUGUGGUAUUACAUAAUAGUUAACAUGGUGAGCAUGGCCUUGACUGUGUGUUUUUAACUGAAGACUGUGCAAGUACCAAACCAACACACAAUCGAUGGUUGAUUACAUUUGAAUGACACUCUGAAGUCCUCCAUGAACUGUGUGGCUCAUGGCAGCUGUGGGUGCUGAAUCACUGUGAGAUCUCCUAAAUAUUUUGAAUGCGUAAAAAAAAAUAACUAAUCGGUUCCUGGAGCCAAUUUACUUAUCUGCAAGUUAUAGAAAAAAUUGCAUCAUUGACACGGACAAUGCAUAUUUUAUCGACCGACUGUCAAGUCAGGCCUCUCAUUGUAUUGCUUGCAGUAUGCCUAUUCCAACAGUAUACAUGUUUACCAGCUAACUCACUCUGUGUCAGUUCAUACAAAAUGCAUCAUACAAUAACGUGCAUUAUAACACCCCAGACAGCCACAUGGGCAGGGGGCUGCUUCAUGGCAUGUGCCUUGUCAUACGGAAUUUAUGCUGGGAAUAAGAACGUUGUCAUAGUGCCAUUUUACUUACAGCCACAUCCACUGGGUUAGUAAUUGAUUUAAAUACUUGUCAAUGUUUUCACAGCCUUUACUUUUUGUGGUAUAGCUUUACUAACAGUAAACAUUCUAGUGAGAAUUACAUUAGCGCAGUAUACUCAGCCCCAUACGAUUCCUUGAAAUUGGAUGUCCAACUUUUUAAAUAUUUUAUUUUUAACCUGAACUGGUAUUGUGGUGGCACUGAGACCGUGAAAGAUUAGGCCUAAUACUAUGAUGGCAGUGGAGAGAAACUGUUUCAUGUGCAUAUCGUGGAUGUGAUCUUUUGUGCUGAAUAGGAGCUAAAAUAUCAAGCGCCUCAAAUGUCUUUCCAUAUCCUCAUAAUAGUUGUGUGCCAACUCUGGUCUGCUGUUGGUUGUGUUUGUCUGCCAACCUGGCCUGUGCUUGACGCAAAUGCUGCCUUUUUUUUAGAAUAGUAGUUGUAUUGAUAUGACUUUUAUUAUCAAGCUGAAACCAGGUUUCACACGAUCAUUAUAGAGUUUGGGCUCCAGAGCAGUAUAGCGCAUGUUAAUGUUUACUGGUUCCUACAUAGGCCUACUUAAGAUACAGGUGACCAUGUGGCCUUUUCUAGUUCAGAGCCUGUGAUUGCUUGAGUCUGAACAACCUUCUCCAGCUACUUAUAAAACAAGAAUGACUUCAAACACUACCUACACAUCCAGGACAUGGCUAAAGGAACAUAGCUGGAAGCAUAUUCAAUAGGGCGGUGUCUUUUGGAACAUUGUAAUUUGCACUUGAAAAUGUACUCCAUACACAUUAUAGCUACACAGUUCUCAAUUACACACGAUGUGUUUAAUCUGCAUAACGUUUUACUGUUUGCAUGUGAUCUUCCCUUAAUGUAUAUGUGCAAAUGUCAAAGAAUAAUUCAUAAUUUUUGAUCAGCCUGUGUGCAAGGUAAACCUUUGCUCGUAUGCUCAUGAGUUGUAGUGAGUGACAACUUCCUUUUGGUUUUAUGUUAACAGGACUUGGUCCAGCUCUCGUCUCCUGCCUACAAUUUCAUGACGCACAGUUCAUCUGACAUAUUUAGUUUGCCGCCUUGUCCUGUUCGGAUCCCAGUACUGUAAAUGGUCUUCCAUUUGUUUACCACAGUAUUGUAUCAUGUCAGCAGCUCACUGAAGAGAGAGUGCCCGAUUUUACAAGUGCAUCAAAAACAUUCAUGGUCAUUUUCCAUUGAGGACAGGUAUUAAAAUCAAAUUGUAUUUGUCA